AUGGCUAAUCACAGUUGGCUUACCGGAUUAAUCUUGCUUUCGUGCUUUGCGGCGACUUGCUGUGGCACGGUUAUUAUGUUCUCUUCGCUGAACCGAGCUCUCAUAGUCACUGCAACACCUCAAGCCGGCCAAGUUCUGCAAGCCGGGGAGGACACAAUCACCGUAUCAUGGUCGUACAACACGAGCUUCCCGGCCGGCACGGAUUCCAACUACAGGACAGUGAAGAUCAUGUUGUGCUACGCACCAAUUAGCCAGAGGGACCGCGGGUGGCGCAAAACAGUGGAUCAACUCAACAAGGACAAGACAUGUCAGCACGAGAUAGUCUCCCGGCCUUACACCCGUUCGAACAACAACUUCACUUACACAGUUAAGAAAGAUGUCCCGAGCGCCACAUACUUCAUCAGGGCUUACGCGCUCGACUCCCACGGCACAGAGGCUGCCUACGGUCAGACCACAAAUGCCCAGAAAACAACGAACUUGUUCGAUGUCCAGGCAAUCAGCGGCCGCCACGUGUCGCUAGAUGUUGCCUCGGCUUGCUUCUCGGCUUUCUCGGUGAUUUCGUUGUUCGGGUUUUUCUACAUGGAGAAGAGGAAAGCGAAGUCACAGUCGAAAUGA